AUGAACACGUUCUUUCAAUCGUUGGCGUUCCUGCGUUGGACAGCAACAAGGAAGUGUCCCCCUCCGCCGGCCCUUAAUCUUUUCUGCUUGCUGCUUCUCGCCGGAGACGGCAGCAGUACGGAAGGCGUGGAGAUACUCUCCAAGUCGCGGCUCGAGACCUGCGUCAAGGCUUCCGACUCUGAUCAUUUGGACUGCAGCAAGAAGGUAGUCGUCGACCUUGCAGUCCCCAGCGGAACGGUGAGAUUUUAUUCCCAGCAUUGAGGAAAGGAGGUCCUGAAACCUAGUGCAAAGAAAAACCUGGGUAACAAUCUCUUCCCCGGUUACUUGCAGAGUGGUGGAGAAGCUUCCAUCAUAGCAGAGCUUGUGGAAGUAGAGGAGAACUCUACUAACAAGAUGCAAACAAUUAGGUCACCGCCAGUCAUCACCAUCAACAAAUCUGCCGCCUAUGCGCUCUACGAAAUCACCUACAUCCGGGUAUGGAGAAUUCGCAUCGAUUUUCCAUACUGGUACAGUGAAAAUUAUAGAUUUGUUUCUCCUUAAUUUUUGUUUGCCGACGAAGAGGAUGCCCUCCAAUGCUGUAAUGCACCGCAGCAGACAAGGAAGAGGAUUUAUUGGAGAAUACGUUUUUUCCUACUUUCAUGUAUUUGGCUUCCAAAUUCCCGGGAAAAAGGAGCAGAGUUCAUCUAAUUGCUUUGUUUCUAAUGCUAAUUCCCAAAAAAGGGACACAAAAAUCAAUUUGACUCCCUACCAAUGGAACUCUUGAAUAGUGGUCACCCUGCUUGGGAUUGAAUACAUGAACGCCACUUUUGAAGAAGAGUUGCCCUCUAGAUUAUCUAUGGGAUUGAUUUUCCGUUUUAUCUUGUGGUAGUUAUCUCAGAUAGCUGUGUCAUAGUAGACUUUUUUGUUUCAGGAUGACUAACUCUUUUCAUGGGGUAUCUUCUAGAAUAAGACUACAAUCUGCCAAUAAAUCUAUGAUCUACUUAUUUGAAUUCCUUUGAUACAUGUUGUCCUUUAUCCUGAUGCAGUAUAUUCGUUUAUAAAUGAUAAAAAAUUACGCAGUUUUACAUAGAUUUAAAUGUUCUAUGUAUAUCUUGUGGUGUUGUGACAGAUGUUUGAUUACAAUGACAUUUAAUGAUCACCAAUGGAACUACAACUCUAUUUUCUUCGAACCCCAAUUUCUAAUAGUGGAAUCCCGUGAUGCUUUUUCUUUUCUCAGUUCCUUUGGAUCUUGAAAUGACUGAAAUUAAUUUAUGUAUAUUUUACAACAUGACUUUAUUUAAAUGGCAUUGACUCAGGAUGUUCCUUACAAGCCUGAAGAAUUUUUUGUGAAGACGAGAAAAUGUGAACCUGAUUCAGGCGCUAAGGUUGUUAAAAUAUGUGAAAGGCAAGUAUUUUGUUUCUGUUUAUAUAUGGAACCGAGGGCAGAUACACAUCUACAUUCGUUGGGUUGUUAUUGUGGCAUUCGCUUUUAUUAUUCACAUUUUGUCAUCAUUCUGGGGAUGCAAACAGCUUUUUUAAAAGUCAGAAUGUGACCAAAAGUUUUCUCCCGCCAGAAUAAUUUCUCCAUCGUAUAGUUUUUAGUUACUCCCAUCAUGUUGCAAUGUUGAGUAUGUUGACAAACCAUAUUACUCCUCUAAACCAAGUAAGUCUAGGAUCUCCUCGGACUAAAGUUGAAUUCUACCUGGGUACCCAAAACUGGAGGAUUUGAUUUUUACUAUAAAGUCCUGAUUCCACAGAAAAAAACGCUCAACAGCCUUAAAAAAAUAGCCUACUUACCAUAAUAAUGCAAUUUUCUGCACCAUAAAUUGGGAAUCAGGACCCUCUCUCUCCAUUUUCUCCAAUCGGCGAGUUCUUUGGUUUUUGCCAUUGGUGAACAGGUUGCAGCAUGUAACUUUCAUCUCGCGUCAUUAUGAAUACUCAUUUAUUUUCGGUCUAUAUUUUGUUUUUCUCCGUGUCAAAGAUGAUUAUGGCUUUGUCACGUAAUGAUCAUGGUUUUCCCCAUGGCCACAUCUUCUUUGCUUGAAGAACUCGGUUCGUCAUUUUAUUAUUUUUCAGUUUAAAUUCCUUCUGCACAUUAUAGAACUGCCCUGUUUUUUGGUUGAUAAUUAAUAUCCUUCAGAGAAUUUGAUUGCACGUUAAUCUGUAGGCUGCAGGAUCAAGAUGGCCACGUUAUUGAGCAUACUGAGGUGAUCUAGCCUUGAUUCCUAUCAGUUAAUUUCUUGAUUAUUAUCUUAUAUAUGAUACCAUACUGGGUAAAUUUAUUUAGUGUUAUUGGAACGAACUUCAGCUCCCUUAUGCUUUCCCAACCCAAUUUACAGUCUUGUUUGUUAUAAAUUUUUUUUCAUGUGAUUUGGAAAAUGACUCUUUCCACUCUUUCCAUCAGUGAAAGAGUGGAAAGACUCUUUCCACUCUUUCACCGAUCAUAUAACCCAAUUGACCCAUCGCUUAACACUCUUUCCUGCUUCGUGGUGAGUGAUUUGAGGGUAAAUGAAAUGGUUUCUUAACUAUAUGUCAGUCGGACAGAAAUGUAAGGCUCCGACAUUUUCUCUUGAAUUGGUUUCUUUGGUUUACUAUAUAUUCACUUAGAGUUGCUCGUAGAAUUGAUUAAUUUCUGACCUUUCAACUUUUCAGGCUUUUUCCCCAGAUAAUACUCUCUUUUUUUUCAGUCCAACGUUUGUUGUUCUCUGUCUAUGUAGCCUAUCUGCUGUCCUUGUGGAUCCAGACGUCGUGUUCCAUCGUCUUGUGGAAACAUGUGUAAGCUUCAAAAUGACUUAAAUUGCUUGUCUUUUCUUUCUUCUGUUAUUGUGUGAACCAUGCAGUCUCGCUGAUUUGGCUUGAAUGAUUCUGAAUAGUUGAUAAAUUGAUGAAAGGCAAGGCAAACACAGCACAUUGUGUUCGAUUCCCUGGGGAAUGGUAAGGUCACUGACUCUCUUGGCGUUCAUAUUUUCCGUGGCAACAAAAUUCUUCGAACUAGAGAAAGAAAAUCCAAUUUUUACCCAUAAAAUCUUGUCUGUUCUUGUCUAAGGGACAGACAUUUAUGAAAUCUUAAAGAGGUGGCAGCAGGCUUUUAAUCACAGGAAUACACACACACACACACAUUUAAGAUGCCGCUGCUUGGUAAAGGUGACAGAACGGUGUGAGGGAUCACCAAUUUACUGUAAACUUAAUAUUUCGUGCAUAAUAAAGGCCUGCAGACCACAAAAAGGUAAUCGGCUCACUUAUCCUCCCUAAUCAAACGCCUGAUUUGGACGAUCAAAUGCUGACCUGAUUAGGAUCAAACCGGGCUAUCUUUGGAUCCCAAUCAGGGGCUCUUCUUUUCAUCCCUAGUUUCUACUUCAAAAAAAAUUCUUCUAUUAUCCGGAGAUUACUGGAUUAAUUUCCAUUAUUGUAUCGAAUCCAGUAAAAUGCCUUCAUUCUGUUUCUUAGUGAAAUGUGGGGGGUUUUUAUGAUGAUGUUUAACAACUGAUCAUCUCGUCUACCAUAGGGGGCUUUAAAUCUUUAGAUUCAUUGCUUACAUGGCUCUUAAAAACAUUGAUUCUUCAAAAAACACUAUAGUCUGAGAUAGAAUGUUUCAGAGAUAACCUCGUUCUUUUCAUUAUUAUGACUAAUUAUAGUAGAUUUGCUACCAAUUUUUUCCCCGUCAAGUUGUAAUAUGCUGUGAUACUUCUCUUUUGAAGGUUCCACGUAUUUGGUAUUGGAAAGAGAUCACUCGGAUUCAGUGUUCAAAUUGAAGUGAAAAAGGGCUCAACGACAUCAGUGAGUUUAAUUUUAACCUGAAAUGGAAUACCUAAUUUGCAAGACUUCGCAGCAACAUGUUCUUGGCUGCAAUUUUUAACACAUACUGCACCUCAAUGAACCGUAAUAACUUAAUCAUAUUCCAUUUUGCUCAUCAACAGUUGCCACCUUUUCAUCACCGUCAAGAUAGAGGUUUUCGUUUUGAAAGUGAUCAUCAAUACAUGGCUUUGGAUUUUACGGGGUACAAAUGAGAUAUGAAACACUGACGGUUGCCUCCAAAACGGAAUUGUUACUGAGCAUCUUCGCCCAAUCCCUGCAGCUUCGUGGUUAUGAUCAUAGAUGGAUUUUUUUUUUAUAAUUCAUCGGUUGUGAUUGAAGAUGCCAACCAGCAAAGGGGCCUAGGAAUUGAGAUACUUUAUGCCCGAAAUUGGGUUCGUUGACGUUUGAAAUUGGGAUUCAACCCAACAUCAAAAGAAGAAGAAUUCUGUGUGAACAUCCAAUGAUUCCAAGAAAGUUAGAGUUUUGAAGGUGCUCGAUGAUUGAUCUGGAGCUGUUUUCCUAGGGGAUUUUCCGCUGGUUCUUUUCUCUGGUUUUGGUCCUAAGAAAAAGUUUAGUCCACGAAGGCUGAAACCAGGGUCAAUCACUACCCAGGCAGGAUGACCUUGGAUGGAUACCCCCAAGAAAAGCCACAGCUACAUUGCUGUGGAGGUUUUGAGUUAUUUUAAUGCAAGGAUGGUCUAAUUAAGGGAAUCAGGAUAGGAUAAUAAUAUCUCUGAGUUUUAAGAAGGAAGAACAGAUAACGUAGACUUCUACAUCAAUGAACAUGAGAUUUACUGUGUAUGAAAUUUCUAUAAUCUGAGCUCAAUUAUCGAGGUAUAUUGAUAAAUUUAUCAAUUAAGAGAAUCCGGAGGGUUUGUGGAUGCUUUGUUUCGCGGAUUUUCUGUCUGACAGUCUUUGCUUAGGCUUUAAAAAAAUAUAUAUUCGACGCACAUAAAGCCAGCUGUACUAUGCAGGAUUUGAUGCUGAAUUAGGUCAUAUAGAGUUCACAUUGAAGGUGAAAGUAUUAAAGAUGGUAAUGUUGUAUUAACACAACCUUGUGAACAUAGGAUUAUGUGGGUAUAAACGUGUAUUAGGACUUAGUUUCUGUCGGUCAGUUUCCUAGUUGGGCAGUUUCCUAGUUUGUCAGUUUCCUAACCUUGUAGUUUCCUUUUUUUUUGUAUGUAGUGUAAUUGUAUACAACUCUCAUCCUUGUAUGGUUUGAAGAUAUUUUUCCCGGCUGUUUAUCCUCGUAUGGCUUGCAUUAAUUACCUUGGCAGAUGUGGCUCUAGUUACAUCUGAUUACUUGUUGAAAUUCAAGGCUCUAGAAGGAUUGAAACGUAAAAGACUGCUGUAGAUAAAGAGAGCUGUAAUAAGAUGAAUUGGAAUUCAGAUGUUCUCCCUUAAUAGAUUUGUGUAAAUCUAGAGUUUGUGUGCCAGACUUGAACAUCAGAGAUUAAUCACUUAAGAAGAAAAAAGGCUUAACGUUUUUUACCAUUUAUUUCUCGAUUACUGAAAGCUCGCUAACCUCUAUAUGUUGCAUUUCUGCAAUUCUUUUAUUAUCCUUUGCAUACAUCUUGUAGUGCCGGUCAACUGGGGAAGCUUGGGAGUUUGGUUACCAUUUAUUGAACCAAGUUCCUCCUUUGUUUGGAACCAGUCUCGACUUGGUUUUGCAUAGAAAAUAGGACAAGGAUAUAACUGCCUUUCAUUGCACUGUGGUUGAUGGGUAUAGUUACAUUUCUGUGUUUCAUGGUAUCUGUCAUCUCAUUCUGUCUUUCCCCUGUGUGAUUCCGUGCAGGAGGUGGUUGUUGGUCCUGAAAAUAGAACAGUGCUAUCGAAAGACAACUUCUUGAGGGUUAACCUUGUUGGUGAUUUUGUUGGAUAUACUAAUAUUCCAUCAUUUGAAGACUUCUAUCUUGUAACUCCAAGAAUGGUAUGAUAUCAUUCAUAGCGAAAUAAAUCGACGAAAAACAUGCUCGGCUGUAUUUUUUCCCGUAUGGGACUUACUCCUUUUAGGGCUUUCACUUAUGGUCUUUACUUGAUAAUACCAAUUGACUAAAUGUUUUUGGCAGGUUAGAUGCCUGAGAUAUAACCGACGGAUUCACUUUAUAGAAUGUAGUAAGAUAUAAAUGCCUUCAAUAAUAGUACCAUAUCACGUAUCCUCACCUGUUAUGUGAAGGCAGCGGGUGGGAAUAGUCACAGGAGGAAAUUUGUGUCUAAUUGAAGAAUAAGGAGAAGAAAAAAUUAAAUCAGUGAAAUAAUAAGAUUAGGCUGCUCCUAAAGGCAUGAUAUUAGUUUAAUAUCUCAGGAUUGUCUUCUGGCAACUAGUUCUGUGACACAUACCGCUACUUUAUCUCUGAUAAUGAGUUUUUCUUGCAAUCCAAAAGUAGAAAUUAGAUGAAUUCAGAAAGGGAAGAAUCUUGAUUCGGCUUGAGACAGUUGUAUGAUUUUAUCAUCAUUCAAUCCUUUCAUCCUCAUUCGACGACACCAUCAUCUGUUAUAAAAUGCAACUUUUACGAAAUUAUAGGAUAGAAUAAAUUUAGCAAUUUUCUGUUUGUUGAAUUUUUAUGCCUACUUCAUAAGCUCAACAUAGCACAUGGUGGUUUUCCUCGUGGUUUUCCUGGCUCCUUUCAUACUGAAUAGUGGUUUAUUUAUUGAAGGGUAACUCAGAUCCAUCACUAGGCGCUGCAAAUAAUCUUUCGAAAUGGAUGCUGCUGGAAAGAGUAAGAUUUACCCUUGAUGGUCUCGAGUGCAAUAAAAUUGGUGUUAGUUAUGAAGCAUAUCGGGAGCAGCCAGACUUUUGUACAUCUCCAUUAUGGAGUUGCUUGCACAACCAGUUAUCGGACUUUUGGGAAGUUAGUAUUUCCUAAACUAUAUGCGCUAAUUUUCUAGCUUUUCUUGUACAAAAUGAAUCAUGAAACAAUUAAUUUAUUCAAACCUUUAGUACUAUCUGUUGAUCUUAUUUUCUUUUGGUUUGAUUCGUGCAUGCUUCUCCCGCAUAUUUUCUAUCUGUUGUCAAGGUAUCAUUUAUUCCUAAAGCACAAAGCUAAUUUAUAAACGAAGUAUGAUUUUUAAAAAAAAUAUAGACUUUGAUCCUUCUCUUUAUAGCAGGAUGAAUCUGCUACAUUAUACUCCUCGGUUAAUAUUCUUCUGUGGAAUUAGGUGUAGUUAGUAAUAAUCAAAUCACGAGUAGCCAGAGUAAGUUAAAAUUUGGGGUCAAUGUGAAAAAAUUUAAUGACGAAUCUUCUAAUAUAGUAAUUGUAAAGAUACUAAAAUUUAAAAUUGGGAUAGUUUUUUGUAUUAAGAUACGUUUGAAGUGACAGAAAAGGAUAAAAUAUAAAGUUUAUAUAAUAUAACUAAAGGAGAAAUCUUUAAAGUCAUCAUGAUAAAUUUAUUCGUGUUUGGAAUGUAUUUUGUGUGAGCCGGAAGAAUUUGACUUGUACUAUGUAGAGAAAUCGAUUGAGCAUGAUACCGGGUGACAGAGUGGAAAAAGUUGGCUGUAUGGAUCUGCAGGACUACUUGUCCCAUGCCUAACGUGGUCCUGAAUUAUAGCAUUAUGGUUUCCAACUGGGUUCAUUCUUGACAUAAAUUGAAGAAACAAGGAUCAUCCGAGUGGGCCCGCUUCUCAACAUGAUAAACAUCAGGCUCAUCGUCAAUUUCUUGUUGUUGGUCUGUUUAUCUUUUUUCCUCCUUAAGCCUGGCCAAUCAGAGCCCCCCGGAUCUGGUUCAAUUUUAUUGCAUCUAUUGGUGUGGAGCACGUGGAUUAACUAGUGUCUUAGUCAAUGCCUUUCUCAAUUUGGGUUGAUAUAUGCCGGAUAAGGACAGAAUAUAUAUCUUCAGACAUGAAGAAAACAUUAGCUAGUUCAUUCAGUAAACCUGAGGAUAAGAUUGGAUAUUGUACAUUUUAGUUAUGAAGAGUCUCCACAUAAGCUUCGGGUAUUGUGCGAUUAUCUAUCAGUUUUAAACAUUAAUGACGUUCUGUUAAAAAGCAGAAUCUUUUGGAAUAGAUUUUUCUGAUUCUUAGGCUUGGAGGAAUACCGAAAUGAAGAGACACUGGUUCCUUUUGGAAAUCAUGCCUAUUGGGGUGGGACGUAGGCCUGGAGAUAAAAACACAACCUUAUCAAUUAAAAUCAAAUUUUCUCUAUGAUAUUUCAUGACAUUAUAUUUUCAUUCAUGUAUUUAGGGUAUUGAAAAUGCGUGAUACCCACCUCAAUUAAUUUUCAAUUUUUAAAAGAACCUAGUUGAAUGAUUCAUCACGUUGUAGUUGAUGAACUGUUAUACAUACCAUUAAAUAUAUUUAUUGAAUUUUUGUUUUUCCCAUUUCAAUAAUUUCAGGAUUUAACUGUGUUAAUAUCUAUACAUUCUAGGCUGAUCAAAACAGAAUCAACAGGAAUCAGACACCCCAAUAUGUUAUUGAAGGGAGGUUUGAAAGAGUUAACCAGCAUCCAGUUAUGCUCCUACAUUUUUUUUAUGGUUUUAUAAAAUUUAAAAAUGAUGUUACUGUAUCUGAGCAUCAUCUAUGAGUCUUGCCCAGAAUGCAGGAACACAUUCAUUUUCUAUUGGAAUUUCUGAAGUUCUGAAUACAAAUCUCUUGAUUGAACUGAGUGCUGAUGACAUAGAGUAUGUCUAUCAAAGGUAAUAAAAAAAUCAUUUCGUUUCUUUAAUAUCGUGUAUAGAAGUUCUGUCAUCAUUGAAGAAAAACUAGUCACAUCUAUGCAGUACAAUGAUAUUUUAUUUCGAGAUGUAAAUAUUUAUGGCUUUUGAGGGAUAGACAAUCCAUUUGAUACAACAUCAGAUAAAAGAAUCUUACCAUCCAUGAUCUAUUUGAUACCAUAAUUCGCAUCAUAUAUGAACGUGUAACUUUACCCAGCAAAAUUUAUUGGGUCAACAAAAAACGUGAUUUAUCGUUUUAUUUGAUAUCUAGUCAUUGAAUUUUAAUAUAAGGAUGAAACUGCAUAUAAUACACAAUUCAUAUAUUAUGUUAUCAUUAUAAAGUACUUUUGAGAAUAUUGAAAGUUAUCCUCUAGCAUAUAUCCGACACCUUACCUAACAGUAUUAACUAUUUUAAAUUAGUUGUAGUUAUCCACGUCUAAAAGAAUGCUCUAAUAACGGGUCUGGUUUUUUUCUGGACCUGAUUCUAUUCAUAUAUUUCUGUGAAGCAGAAAAUUUGUACAAGGACUAAAAUGAUCAUGGGUAUAAAACUCCAAAUUGGGAAUUCCUGAAGUUUUCCUUUAGCAUUAAUUUACUGCUUGUGCUCUUGUUCAUUUGACGUCACUAUUCAUCCUUUCUUUGACUUUUGUUUUCACCUCAAAAACUAUGAUUUUUUUCUUAUCUUCGUUUUGCUACACUUUAUUGCAAUUUUCUUGUUCACUGUAUAAUUCUUGGUUUACAUCUUGCGUUAGGCUCCCUUAUUCUCAAAAAUUUCUGUAGGAGAUCAAUUCUAUUGCAUCAAGUUAUAUCCUACGCAUUAAGUGAUUAUCACAACAACGUUUUUGCGAGUUCCUUGCAGUGUAUCUUUGCUGGAGGAGUUAGAUGCGAAUUCAUUAAAUUAUGAGUCAUUUGCACUUUAUGAUAGAAAUGACGCAUCUAUGAAAAAAUUUGGAAUUUAUGAGAUUAAGAGGUCGGAGGACGAAGAGCGUAAUAGGCUGAAGUAAAUGAGAUUAAGGAGAAACUUAAUAAUGUAGAUGAAUUAAAGGAGCAAAUGAAUUGAUUAAUAGCAUUGCAAAGUCGAUCAACCCCCUUGUACACUGUUUAACUAUCUUUUCAAGUAGAUGAAGCUGACGAAGGUAGUGACUCAUCACCAUAUGUCUAUUCAAAUAGGUGAUGUGAAAUGUAGUUGUAAAUUCAUUUAAAAAAAAAUAUUGAAUAUCUAAUAAAAAAUAUAAAAAACAUAAUUUAAUGGUAGAAAAGGGUUAAAAUUAAUCAAUACGAUUAAGAACCUCGAAAUCUGCCAGAUCAAGGUGCAUAUGUGUUAAUUUUUUUGAGGAUGAGUGGUUUUCGAAUACCCUUGGGCGAGAAGGGGAUGAAUGCCCGUUUCUUCUUCUUUCCGAUUGUUAUUUUCCCUUCAUUUUAAUAAAUAAUAUAAAUGAAUUAACGGAAUUUCAAUAUUCUUUGAUCAUUGUACUUGUGCCUUUUACCAGGAGCCCGGGAAAGAUUGUGAACGUCAGUAUUCCAACAUUCGAAGCGCUUACUCAGUUUGGAACUGCCAAAAUAAGUGCCCAGAACAUUGGAACAUUGGAGGCAUCUUACAGCCUAACAGUAAGUGUAUCAUAGGUCCAUUAUUAUUUAUUUAAUUAUGAUGUAUUGUCUCGUUUUAUACAUAUGAUGUGCACUGGAGCAGUAACCUAAGAUCAUAUGAUGCUAGGACUCCUGGUAACCUAAGAUCAUUGGAGGCGUCAGUAUUUUUAUCAAAUCCUUUGGCCAAUAUAGUAUUUUUACCAUGUUAUCCUAUUUAAUAUCAUAUCAUGUGAUCCUAUUUACCAUUAUGUGCUGGAUUCACUUUGAUGCUUACUGCCCAUGUGUUUUCUAAGUUGAAGACUCUAUUCUUACGGUCUCCAUAUACCACCUUUUGCUUCCUACGUUUGAUCAAUUACAUGGUUGGAAAUUUCAUUUCCUUUCUCCUCCCUAUAUGGUGAAAUUGAUUUCAGAAUUGGAUGUGGUCGGCUCCAAGGAAACAAAGGGGUUGUGAAUUAUCUUUUGACAGAGUCUAUCAUGCUAUGACGAAAGAUAUCAAACUAGAAGUUCUAUGGAGUUGUCUUUUCUUAACGGACAUUUUGAACCUUGUUUUUUUGUUACGAUAAAAGGAUGCUUUUCAACUUGGAUAUUUCUGUUGAACAACAGUCAGCAUAAUAUUCUUCCUGAAGCGGAGUCCUAGAGUCCAUUUUCUUAAAAACCACAACACAGUUAAGAUAAAGCACUCCUAAUUGCAUGUAAUUAUGGAUCGUUCAUCCACACACUCAAUUAUACCUUAUUCUAAUUUACUGGCUAAUUACUGUAAAUUCUUGCCUUUUCUUUAAUUAAGUGCAAGAAAUGUCCGAUUUCAUGCCAGUGCAUUGGAUUAUUGUAUUUAUUUCUAAAACUCUCUCAAUUUGAAAUCCUAGUAAUCGAAAAAGCUCCUUUUGAAUAAGUGAAAGUAUUUUUCAUAUGUAUGUAAUCUUCCCAAGUGGGAUGAGUUCGUGGCUAAUUACUGCUCAAUAAAAGACUUCAUCUUAAUUUUGUAAGUUUUUUUUCUGUCCUAUUCUUUGCCUCAUCUUAAUUGAUAUAUUCUGAAAAUAUGUCUAACCUUCUGUUCUUUGAAAUUUUUCUAUUUUCAUGUUUGAAUGUUUUGAAUAUUCUCAGAUUCUACUCCUCUGCUCAUUGGUAUAAAAUCUAUUUUCUUCCUGUAUGCUGUCUUGAUACGAUUGUAUUCAAAUUGAUAACGUAAUUUUAUAUUAUAACUGUCCUCGGUGAAAAAGUUUCAUGCAAAUUUACGCGGAUUAUUUAUUUGCUACCUUUACACUGCAGUUUCAAUGCCUGCGAGGUGUUAGCCAUACGGAGGUAUUUUCUUCCAGUUCCCAAUUAUGUUUGUGUAAAUGCACGUCCUCUUUCUUCCUUUUCUUUUUCAUAUUGACAUCUAAAAACACAUCCAUUUUUUUGAGAACUAAGAUCAGCUGAGCCAUUGAAAUUUCCAUUCAGCAUGAGUUCCCCAUGUUUGUGGGUGUGGUUUUAACCACUCGAAGUAGUUAUUUUCCAUCAGUAACCGCAAACUCUGAUAUCCAUUCAGUCUUAUACGGUUGACCUUGUCUGCAUAAGAGUUGUGUAGAAAAUUCCUGGAAAUACUGAACUCCGAAUUUUCUAUUUGUUUGGACUUGGUAAAAACCGGUUCAAUCCUUCAUGAUCAGACCAUCAUGUUAAAAAUAUUUUACUCUUUGAUUUUCAAUUUCGCAGUGUGAGUGGGACUGCCUGAAGGUGUGAUCGUAUCGUACUACUUUCAGUUUUUGUGAUCAGGAACCGGCUUUAGAUUCUAGUUGAUUAUUUUUUGCAAAAGUAUGGUUGGACCGAAAUGGAUUUUUAUGGAUGGGAAUCUAAAAUGAUACUUGAGCAACCGAGGAUCCAUUCAUUCCAUUUCAGUUCCAUCUCGGGUCUUGUACUAAGAACCGAUGUACUGGAUUCUUUGAUGAAUAGGAUCGGAUGGCUAGUUAUUUUUCUUAUCAGAUAUCUUUCUCUUUAUUUUGAUUGGAUACGGGGGUAUUUUUCUUACAUAGGUUGUUAAGUGAUUUAUGGAUUAUCUCUCUACUACAUCAGUUCAAAUACAUGGAAUUUCCGGAACUUUUAUACAAUUUCUAUUUACUUUUUAUGUCUUUUCUGUCUAUUUAAACUAUUAUUGCUUUUAUGAAGGAGUAUUAAAAUAUUUAUUGAUUUGAAUUUUCAAUUUUCACAGGAAAUGAUUAAGAUUAAUUUUCAUCGAAAGUAAUAUAUCUAUCAGGGGUUAAGCUCAAUGUAAUCAAAUUUCCUGUAUACUGGUUAAUAGAGACAUAAUUGACCAGGAUUCGUAUUCAUCUUGAUCUUCUGGUAGAAACCUGUGCGGGCAUAUGAAUCAAAAAUUCAUGUCGUUCUGGUGAAAAGAUGGGUUCAAGAAGGCAUGUACCAGGAUACAUACACUUACAUAUGUGUUCAUUUUUACAGCGAGGACCACAUUGAUUAUUAAUCUGAAUUUAUGAUUUUUUAUAACUAGAUUGUGGUUGGCUUAGUGGAAAGUUUUAAGAAAAAUGCAACUCUUGCAGCCUGGUAUUUUUUCAAGAAUUUUCUGGGGAUAAAUGUAAUUUAACUAAUAUAUCAUGAUUUCUGAUUGCAGGAACAGUUCUUUAUUAUGAAACCUAAUGAGUUUGUUACUCGCUCAUUCAAGCUAUAUCCGACUACUGAUCAGGCUGCAAAAUAUGAAUGCACAGGUGAAACAAAUUUACAGAAUAUAAUAGUGAGAUUUAAUAACUGUUCAACUUUUUUGCCAUGCAAAAUCUAACAUGAUGGCACUCUGUCUGAUUGCAGCGAUUCUUAAAGAUUCUGAUUUCAGUGAGGUUGAUAGAGCUGAGUGCCAAUUCACAACUACAGCUACUGUUCUGGACAAUGGAACACAGGUUGAUUGAACUAUUCCAUUUCAUUGUCAUUGAAUUCAUCAUCCAAUAUUAGUACGUGAUUCACCUUCCUCUCAUAUAUGGAAACUUUCUCAACUGGUGAUCUGUAAAGAAUUUGGGGAUCUUUUACAUUUGAGUAGGUUUAGUAAAUAAUUGGGUUUUCUAACUCAAACUAACUGUUAAUUAAUGUAAACCAAAAUAUAUUAAGCAAAUGAUGCAGUUGUUCAUUUCAAUGUGAUUUAAUUAUAACAUUUACCACAUUUGUACAAAAAGAUGCAGAUAACGGUUAGGAGCUUUAGUAUCCUAAUAGUAAAUCCGAUCAUUCAAGUCGAAUUCAAUUGAAAAUGGUUAGAUAACGGAUAUUAUCUCUGAGUCCAUCUGAGUUCUCCUUAUGAGACGUUCAAGCAUGUCUCCUUAACAUGUAGAUAGAAUAUGUCUCUACCAUGUGGAAAACUUUGGUACUAUAUUAAAGAAGUGAGAUGACAUAUCUAACAACCGAUUGAUAAUAGUUUAAGUUUGCUGUCAUGCUUAAAAUUGGAUUUAGCAUGGCGUAUUUAGAAUGAGGUUACUCAACAGUGUUUGCUGACAUUUACUCUGAAUCUGACUCUGUAGUUUCUACCAGGUAGAAAACAUUCAAAGGAUUUGCAACUCAAUAGAUAACUAAGAAGGUCUAUUAUAGCGUUUUCUGACUCUUUUGAUAUCCUUGCUACUUGAUAAUCCUUGUUAUAUAAAUAUGGGAACUACACAAUCUGAUGAAAUUACGUUUCGACUGACUCUUUGGCUGAUGGCUGUCUGAUGAUUAUAGGAUUUUCUGAUCUAAUAGCAGAUUGGUAAUAGUUAUGGCGUGGAAAAGGGUGCCAUCAGAGGAUUUUUUGAAGCUGUUGAAGGCGUAUGGAAUUCUGUAUGGGGAGGUUUGGCUGACUUCUUUACUGGCAAAACAUGCAGGUAUGAAACAUUAAAAAUAUUUUACAUGGUUGACUUUAUAUGAAAAAAAAAAUCAAUACAAUCCCGUAAAGUGAUUUCUAUGCUGGUCUGGAAACUAGAUAUUUGAUUAUUGAGUUCCGUUAGUUGAAAUGCUUUUGCAUAUUCAUAGCCUGGAAGUGAUGGACACUGAGAAGAUUUUAAUCUGAAGCAAUAAACCAACGCCUCACUACUGAAACUUUAUGCAAUUGAACAAGCUGGAUGUCAUAACCAAAAAAACUGAUUUGAAUGUGAAAGUUGUUUAAGAAGAAUGACAUUCUUCAAUGUAGAUGUUCGAUUUAGUGUGUUCAGCAUUUUUCUGAAUGCUUUUCAUUUCUUAGUAUAUUUUAGGUGAUUCAACUUCAAUGAAUGCUAAAAUUUCACCUUACGCUGCCAUAUUUUUGAAGUUUAAUUUUGGAAACUAUUUUUUUUUUGUGUGGAAAUAGGCAUGGACUAUGUUGGACCUUUAUUGGGAAACUAAACUGCAAUUUUUAUAAAAUAUUACUAAUUUUCAGGAUAUGAAUGUUGAUAUAUAUAGAUGUGUUUGAGAAAAAUGUCAAUGAUUUCCGAAGGACUCUUUUAUGGAGAGAAUUCGAGAGUCCCAUCAUGUCUUCAAAUAUUGAGCUUGGACUUUAACAACGGAUGUUUUACAGUUGCGAAAGAAAAUAAGAUCUUGUCUUGUUUUCACAAUGGUGCCUGAGAUCAGAUGACCUGGUGAGAAUUGCCAUAACUAUCUUCAGUGGAGGUUGGGAUCGGAAUGGCCAAGCUGACUCAAGCGCUCCUAAAUAUAUCUGACCGGCGGUCAAAUACAUAGAAAUGGCAGAGAAUCAACUGAUUUGGGUUGGAUUGACCGAUUUCUAUUUCUUGAUCUAGCUUAAGAAUAUGGGUCCACUAAAAAAAUAUUAAAAAUUAGCUUCUUUCUUACACUAGUAAUAAUCUCAUGAUGGCCAGAAACAGCUCCUCUGAUGGGCGUGGAUGGGAAGAAAUAGUCUAAUCUUUUGAUACAUCAAAAUCAUUCAUCAAUGGGUGAUUCAUAAAUUAAUAAAGAUGCAUUAUUUCAGAUGUGAACUGAUAUGAUUAACUCUUUUUUUCUUGGGAUAGAAGCAAAUGCUCAAGUUUCUUCGACUUUGCUUGCCACAUUCAAUACGUCUGUGUGAGUUGGAUCAUACUAUUCGUGUUGCUUCUCGCCAUCCUUCCAUCAGGUGAUUUCCUUCACCUUCUAUCGCUCAAUGCUUACAGAUUCUAACUUGAGCAUGUAAAAAUGCCACAUUUAUCCCCAUUUCAGUCACCAUCCUCUUAUGGCUCCUACACCAAAAAGGGCUCUUCGAUCCUCUUUACGACUGGUGGGAAGAUCACUCCAACGGCGGCUCUCCGCAGAAGAGAAGCCGGGCCUCCUCCAAGCACACAAAGGAUCGUAGACCUCUCCACGCCCAUCAUAAGAAGGGCCAAGGUGAUCAUCUGUACCGCCGCCAGGAGGUGUGGUGCAAGAAAGUCAACCAUCGUCCCCAUAAGAAGUGCCUAAAGCAUGAGCCCUCUAAGCUGGAAGAACAUGGUGGCCUCCGAGGUAGUCCCUCUCGUUGCCAUCUUCAUGCUCAUCAAAAGACGCACAAGCACAGGCGCCAUCACCAGCACCAUCACCAUCGGAGCCAUGGCCUCGAGGACUAUCAGACCCAGACAAAAGUCAGGCCACACUCGAGCAAAGCCCAUGGGAAUCUCAGUGAUCAAGCUUUUAAUCACUCCCUUUACCGGAUGUAA